AUGUCUGCACAAACAGAUUUUUGGGAUCAAUUUUGGCUUGCGAGAUUCUUUCUGCGAUUUGUAGGCAUUCUUCCCAUCGGUGGAUCAUCUGCUUUGUGGAAAUCAAGACUCACCGAGUUUCUGGCAACUUUGCCAUUGUGGGCUGGCUUUAGUACGAUCCUCCCAGAAUUUCAAUACAUUUUCUUUCAUCAUCCCAGCGUGGACAACAUCCUCGAAAGCUUGCUAAUCGUAUCCGCAACGUUGACGGGUCAACUCAGAUCAUUGUUUGUUAUUGCGUAUCGAUCUCGAAUUGCACGCUUGUACUCCAUCUGCGAGUCUAUGUGGGACCAUUCCAAUUCUGCAGAUCGCAAAAUAAUUUUGACCUGGAUCACACGGGCUAAAUUUAUCAGCAUGAUGUAUUUUUUUGGCGCCAAUUGUCUGGUGGCGGUGUUCAUCAUGACGACGACAAUCCAGCAGCGUGCAUCUCCUAAAAAUUCCACAACGAAAUAUUACCCCUUCACACCUCAAGAGGAUUCGACUCCGAGUCCAGAAUAUGAAAUCAAGUAUGCUGUUCAAGUGAUAUGCUGUUUCUGCAGCAUGUCGUACAUCGCUGCUUGCGACAUGACUGGGACUAUAUUGAGUUUCAACAUGUGCGGACAAUUGGCCGCCAUUCGAAGCUGGCUCGAAGAGCUUUCAAAGGGAAAGCUCGAUGCAGCGGGUAAAAGGACCGACGGAAGUCUCCAGGAGGGACUGAAGAAGUGCAUCCAUCGCCAUCAAGUUGUGUUGGACCUCUGUGCGGAGCUUGAAGACGUAAAUCAAUACAAUUGUCUGAUACAACUCGUCACUGAGAUGUACAUCAUGGCAAUUUCGGCAGCACAACUUACUAAGUUACAGAAUUUCGGGUCCCUGCGGCACCUUAUAACAUUCCUGUUAGCAAUCAACGGACUCUUUUGA